AUCACUCUCAUCAACAGCCUCCAGCUUCUCUAUCCACUCUUUCACUACAUUCUUUGAUCGGAAUUCCCAGGCGGAAAACCCCAAACAGUCAAUCAUUCAAAAUGCAGUUCUCUACCAUCUUCUCUGUUGUUGCCCUCAUCACCGGCGUCAUCGCCUCUCCCACCCUCCAGACUCGCGACGAGAACACCGUCCUCGGAUACAAGGACGAGUGCGCCUCCGACGGAUCCCUCGGCUACUGUGACGAAGGCUACUACUGCAAGGUGGAUGUCUCCGAGGACACCGGAAAGUGCUGCGAGGAGGGCUCCGGCUGGGCUAUGUGCUAAGCAGCUCGCCCGACACCUUGUCGACACUUCGAUUCUUGGUCACCGGACCUUAAUUCAGCAACAAUAGGCGGACGAUGUUCAGAGAGGCGGAGGAGUUGCUUGAAAGUGUACAGUGGAGGAUCGUGUACCUAGUUGUUGCUUUGUGA